UUUGAAUAUUUAAUCCGUGUAGGGUCCUAUUCAUGGGAGCGUAGAGUAGACGAUUGUGAGGUUUUAUACAGAUUUGAUGCAUAGAUACCGCAAAUGUCAACUAUCUAUCAGAAUGUAUUGAUCUGAUGUCCUAACUACCUUUCUUUGUCCCAAUUUCUACCAGUGCUAAGCAGCCCUUAAUGCCUCUGUCUAGUCAUGUUUAAGAAUUAAAGAUGCUCCAAAUGAUCAAUUAUUCUGUGCUUAAGGAGUCUAGAAUUAUUAACUGAGUGGUUAAGAAUGCCCCUCUAUUAUUAUCUUCAUUCUAACCCCUUCUUUUUUUCUUUUCUUUUUUAAUUUGAUUUUUAUUUUUAAUGAAAUUGCUGUAACAAUCUCUCAACCUUUGUGAUACCACCUUUUUCAGUUAUUCGAGAGCAUAAGUUAUAUGUGCAGUGCUCUGCAUUUCUGUUUGUCAAUAUGUUAAUGGAGUAUUGUUUUUGAAUUUAGUUUGUAGGAUUUUGCUCUUUUGUCUUGUGAUUCAUGACAAGUCUGUUUUACCAAACGUGCUUCCUGGUUUGUUUUUACUUUUUACCCUUAACAACCUCUGAAGAGCAGCACAUAUUGUUCUUUAUGAUCUGCUGCAUGUUUAACUCAUAUAUCUAACAUAUAUAUCAGGAUUAUAUCCUGUUUUGGUUUCCUGUUUCUGAAACUACACCUAAAUUUGGGAUGCUUCUGACCUGAAUUCUUCCCUAGUUUGGUUGGGGCAAUCUAUCUCUGUCAUAAUUUAGGUGACUAGUCGCCAUCAAAGCUUCUUAGGCAGUAUGAUGGAGUAACCAUUAAUCACUUCAUCUUCAAUCCUUUCCUUUCUAUUACAAUAAUAUUCCAGGGAUGAGUCAAUGGAUUGAUCAACGGUCAUAGAUGAAAUUAUCUUUUUUUCUUUUUUGAUGUUAUUAUGUUGUUUUCAUUUAAUAGCUUUGUUUCUUUUGAAGAGAAACAAAUGCCUUGCACAGCUGCUUGAAGAUGUAGUGUCCUGUCAAUCAAUAUUUAUGAAAGUUGCAUGUUGAAAUAGAUUUGCCAAAAAUGUCAACCAAACCAUUGAUUGUCCCAAAUUGAAUUUUCAGGUUUGCUUUAUAGAUUAGUUGCAAUGCCACAAAGGGAUUUUUUGCCAUUUGAUUGCAGCCAGCAUAGCUAUCACUUCUCCUUUGAUAUUCUCUGAUAGCCACUUCCACACCCAUAUGGCAUCCCUGAACAGACACAACUACACCAAUGUUAAAAACUUCGAACACACCUUGAUGUCGUUGUGUCCAUUGCACCUCUUGUUACAAAACCUUCCCCCUCUGACCAAAACUAUUCCUGUCCGAUCGGCAUUCUGAGCUAAGGAUUCCUCCGGCAACAUGAGAGCUCUUCCUACUUGUCCAUGUAGAAACUCAUUCUUUGCGUUCCAUAUACUUUAUACGAUCAGGAAUUCAUGGAUCCUUUUUAUCCUGGAAGAGCACACCGUAAAUCCAAUCCAUCACUUCACUGCCUCUAGCAAAUGCAACUUCAUUCCCAUUUUAAUGCAUUUCCAAACUUCACUAGCCAACUUUUGAUGAUAGUUUAAAUUUUUUAAAUUGUGAACCAAAAAAACAACAAGGUUGAUGGGGCAAAUUAGAUUAAUUAAUUUGGCGUUUGACCAAUUCGAAUGCCUAAGUUGAACCCAAAUUUUGUGGGCUAGAUAUUUCUUUUCUAGCCUGCAAAACUUCCUGGCCUGUUAAUCUUACCUUAAACCCAUUUUUUUUAAUUAUUUGCUUUUUUUGUGGAAAAAUUAAAUUAGUUUUCAUUUAUUUAUUUAAAAUUUUACAAAUAUUAUAAAGUAUUUAUAAGGUUUGGGUGCCUUAUCAAAUAAUAGAAUUCUAGUUAGGAUACUUGAAAAAUAAUGGGUACCUUGAUAACCUUAUAUCUAAUUCCAAACCGGAAAUAUAUAUUAAAAUUAUUUCAAGAAAUGAACAUGUAGGCAUUUGAUAUCCUUAUAUCAAAUUCGAAACUGAAAUAUGCAUUAACAUUAUUUCAAGGAAUGAACAUGUAGGCCUUUAGUUAGUAUUAUUCAUAUUUGCUCAAGUUUUUGGUCCUAAGCUACCAACAUGAGCAGCACAACAUUCAGACAUAGAGAAAGAGCGUUGCCUUUGACAAACACAGGAGUAAUGAAAAUGGCUCGCACGUAUUCAGACUGCCAAUUCAACCACCAAAGUUACAGCUUGCUAUUCCCUAAAAUAGUACUAAUAUAUAAAGCUAUUCCUUCUUCCAUAUCUAAUGCACAAUCCAAUAGAAAAAGGAAAACCUUUUCGAACAUGUCCGGAGCUUAUGGCAAAGUCAAUGAGGCCGAUCAAGCAAGGCUCCAGGCUCGUCGAAAAACCAGGAGGAGAAUUGCCAUCAUUAGCCUGUCUUUCAUAGUCCUUGCUACUAUUGUAGUCGCUGCUGUUUUUGGAAGUCGAGGGUCUAGAGGAGACUCCAAAAAUGGUGGCAAUGGUGGAGUUCAGCCCAUCUCUAGUUCUAUCAAAGCUGUAUGUGAUGUGACCUUGUAUAAGGAUACGUGUUACGAUAGUCUUGCUCCUAUGGCUAACUCCAACCAGCUUCAACCUGAAGACAUCUUCAAGUUGUCAAUGAAAGUAGCCAUUGCUGAGCUAUCAAAAGCAUCCCAGUAUUUCUCCAAGAAUGGAAUUUUUAAAGGUGAUGCUGAUAAGAUGUCAGUUGCAGCCUUGGAGAAUUGUGGUGAACUUUUGAGUCUAGCAAUUGAUCAUCUUAAUAGCUCCUUAUCAUCAUCAGAUGAAGUUUCGGUUAUUCAAGCUGUGGAUGAUCUCAGAACAUGGCUAAGUUCAGCUGGUACAUACCAGCAGACCUGCAUUGAUGCCUUUGAAGAGCUCAAAGGAGACACCAAGGCCGGUGUUCAUGACCAUCUGAAUUAUUCUUCUGAACUAACCAGCAACAGCCUCGCCAUUAUAACAUGGAUUUCAAAGGUUGCAAAUGCGUUGAAUCUAAGGCGAUUAAUGAGUUUUCCUCCCAACCAUGAAGAGCCAGAGUGGUUUCAUGUGAAAGACAGGAAGUUACUUCAAAGUUCGGACCUCUUGAAGAAGAAAGCUAAUAUUAUUGUGGCAAAAGAUGGCUCUGGUAAGUAUAAGACUAUCAGUGCUGCCCUCAAGGCAGUUCCUGACAAAAGCAAGAAGAGGACUGUGAUCUAUGUGAAGAAGGGGGUUUAUAGCGAAAAUGUAAGGGUGGAGAAGGAAAAAUGGAAUGUCACCAUGAUUGGUGAUGGGAUGGAAUCCACAGUUGUAUCUGGAAGCCUCAACUAUGUUGAUGGGACUCCCACAUUUUCAACUGCAACAUUUGCUGUGUUCGGAAAAGGCUUUGUUGCUCGAGAUAUGGGAUUUGUCAACACUGCUGGACCGCAAAAGCACCAGGCAGUAGCCUUGAUGUCAACUGCAGACCAAUCUGUCUUUCACCGGUGUUGCUUUGAGGCUUUUCAGGACACUCUCUAUGCACAUUCCAACCGCCAAUUCUACCGUGAAUGCAACAUUACAGGAACAGUUGAUUUCAUAUUUGGAAACUCAGCUGUUGUCUUCCAAAACUGUAACAUACUCCCUAGGCAGCCUAUGCCUAACCAACAGAACACAAUCACUGCUCAAGGGAAGGUUGACCCCAAUCAAAACACCGGGAUUGCUAUUCAGAAUUGCACCAUUUUACCUUAUGGGAAGUUGGAUACCUCUUUGGGAACAUACCUUGGACGACCCUGGAAGAAUUAUUCCACAACCAUACUCAUGCAUUCAAAUCUUGGGAACUUGAUACAUCCAAAAGGGUGGUUGCCAUGGAGUGGAACUACUGCACCAGACACCAUAUUCUACUCUGAAUAUAAGAACACCGGCCCUGGUUCUUCAACCAAGGAUAGAGUUAAAUGGAAAGGUUUGAGAAGUAUUACUGAUAAAGAAGCCAAAAAGUUUACAGUCAAGGAAUUCCUCCGUGGGGACAAGUGGAUCUCAGAUACUGGUGUUAGCUAUAAGUCUAGUUUGUAAUUGCAACAUACAUGAUGGAGAUGCAUCAUUUAUGCUAACUUUUUUUUUUUUGGUUUUUUCUUCUUCAUUUUUCCCCUUAUACACAUAUAUUAUAAUGGCAAUGUUUCACUUUCACACCCAUCAGAUGACAAAUUAAGCAGCUGAUGUCAGAAGUUUGGAAUAAAAUAUACUGUCCCCAAAAUUUUGUGAGAUAAAACUGCUUGCUUCUAUAGUUUUGCGGCUGCAGAAACCAAUAUAUACAUUUACUGAUUGUUGUUAAUCUAUUUUCCACCUUCGUACUCAACUUCUGCAAGAGAUUGAAUCCAAUUUCUCCCCAAAUCCUCACUUCCUGUAUGCUGAGAUCAUAUGUUUCUUGAUGAUCAAAGUGGUACCUUCAAACCUUCUGGAUUUGUAUCUUCUGAACCUUUCUUGAUUUGCUUGAAGAUUUUCAC